GGGCGGGGCGCGAGCCCUCAGGCCAAGCCCCGCCUACUCGGGGAGUUUCCUAGGAGAUAAACAAGGAGCCCCUCAGAAGCGUCUCUGUCACGAGCCUCAGCCAGGCGGGUGGGAGGAGUUUGUGUGUGUGACGAUUCCCGCGCGGAGGCGUGGCUUCUGCCCUCUCUUAACAGCCCUCUGCCGCCCUGCGAGUAUCUAGGAACACGCAUGCGCGGAGAGAGAGAGGGGGGGGCGAGCGGCGGGGCAGAAGAGAGGCAGAAAGCCGGCUAGCUAGAGAGACUCUAUGGAGGAGGACGAAGAGGAGGAGGAGGAGCUAGAGCUCUCGACGUCACAGGCUAGCGGCGCCCAUUCGUGCUCCUCCCUCGUCCGGCUGGAGCAAGAGGCCAAGCGUAGGAAGCGGGCGCAGCAGCAGCAGCUGGAGCGCGAGACCGACGCUAUGCCAGGAAAGCAGCUCAGUGAUGAUGUGCUGGAUCUAGCCGAGUACACAAAGAACCGGCCGUGGUGGCGCAAGCUUUUCAAGCCCAACUCCGGAUCCAGUGCAGAAAAGUACAACGUCGCAACCCAGCUGGCCAUCGGAGGCGUCACAGGAUGGUGCACAGGGUUCAUCUUCCAGAAGGUUGGGAAACUGGCAGCAACUGCAGUAGGAGGUGGCUUCUUUCUGCUUCAGAUCGCAAAUCACACUGGGUACAUCAAAAUCGACUGGCAGAUGGUUGAGCGGGAUGUGAGCAAAGCCAAAGAGCAACUGAAAUUUCACAGCGGCAAAACCAGCCAGCUAUCGCCAGAAGUGAAGACCCGAGUAGAUGAGGUUAUCUGCUUCCUGAAGAAGAACGUUGUCCUGACUGGUGGAUUUGUUGGAGGAUUUCUGCUCGGCAUGGCCUCUUAGGAUCCACCCAGAUCUGGUCACUCAGCCCUUCCCUAUGCUGCUGUUAAUGGCCAUUGUCUUCUCAGUUAUUGACUGAC